AUGCACCCUUCCGAAGGACAAACCGCCUCAUCUUCUUCGUCCUCAAUGGACUACCACUGCCGUCGAUCACCCGUCCUUUCAGAAAACCGGCCUCUUUCGCCCGAUUUCAACCAACGAGGGUACCAUCACCAGAAAACGAAUUCAUCAGAAGGCACCGAGUGCAAGGCGAUGUAUAAGGGACGUCACCGGUCUACCCUUUCCAACACGACAAACUCCUCGACCGGUUCUACGCCUUCGUCGAGAAGCAGGAGUAGCUCCAGUGCCAGUCUUGGCGCCCUCAAGAAACGCGAUCGCGCCAAUUCGGCGGCUGCUAAAGCAGCUGCAGCUGCAGCUGCGGGCUCUGGGGGCUCGACGACGAGGGUGGUGAUGAUCCCUCCUGUCCCCUCCAUCUCCAACUGGGUUCGUCAGAAUCGGGCUAGCAACGACAAGAAUAGCAACAAGACGACGUCAUCGACAUCCUCGUCCUCGGUGUCGUCGUCAACUACGAGCUACAAGACGCACCACAGGUCGAAUUCAUCGUUGUCGUCGUCUGUGGCGCAUAUGGCUAUCAGGGAGCCAUUGGGCGAGAGUUCGAAUCGGGAUCGGAGGAGGGAUGUGGGCGGUGGUGAUGGGGAUGCUAUGGAUGUGGAUAUGGACGCGGCGGGUGGUAUGGAUCAGUCUGGGUGGGCUGUGGAGGUUGAUCUGAAUGGGAUAACGAUACCUUCGUUGCCUUCCAUCGCGAUCUCGUCGUUCAGUUCGAGUUUUGUGCAUCGGGUGAGGGAGGAGGGAGGGAAGGAGGAGAGGCGGAGGAAGGAGGCGUCGACGGAUUCGAUGGAGAUGAGGAGGAGGGAUAGGUCGGCUUCUGGAGGGAAGAAUUAG